UUCAUUCACAAAAUCAAGUUGAGUUGAACGUUGAAAGUUCAGUGGACGUCUUGUUUCUAUGUCCACUUGUGAAAGAUAUAUAAUAAGUUUGUAACAUAUGUUCAAUUUAAAUUUUAAUAGUUAGUUUGAUAGACGUUAAAUAAAAUGGCCAAUUUAAUUAAAAGUUUAGUGAUAACUGUGUUAAGUUGUGCGUUCGUCAACUCGGACAAGCCUAUAAAAUUCUACCAGGAAAAGGCCUACCAUGAAGCGCAAGAAUUAACAGACAACAACAUAAGGGACAUAGCAAAGAUGUCAGACAGGCAGCACUUUAGGAAAGUGCUCGACGAGAUCCUCAUACCCCGGGUGGUCGGUACACCGAACCAUGAGAAAGUUGGCAACUACAUCGUGAACGAGAUGAGGGGGUUGGGUUGGGAUGUAUCCGAGGACGUGUUCCCGGACCACACGCCCGUGUUUGGGACCCUAAACUUUAGGAACAUUAUAGCGAAGUUGAACCCCAACGCGGACCGGUUCUUGGUGCUAGCCUGCCACUAUGACAGUAAAUAUACGAGGGAGCACAAUUUUAUUGGCGCGACAGAUUCCGCGGUGCCGUGCGCCAUGAUGAUCAAUCUAGCAGCUGUCAUGGCGAAACAAAUGGAACACCUGAAGAACUCCUCCCCAAGCCUCAUGUUUAUAUUCUUUGAUGGUGAAGAAGCGUUCAGGGAGUGGGGCCCCAAGGACUCCAUAUACGGGGCGCGGCAUUUGGCCAAGAUGUGGCAUGGGACGCCAUACAGAGACGGCGCGAAUCACUUGCAAAGGAUGGACGUGUUGGUGCUACUCGACCUGCUGGGUACCCCAGACCCGGUGUUCUACAGCUACUUCAAGUCCACGGAGCCGUGGUACGUCCGCCUGGCGAGCGCCGAGCAGCGCCUGGCGGAGCUGGACCAGCUCUCGGCGUACUCGCAGGGCAAGGCGGAGCAGACCUACUUCCGCCUCGAGAGCAGCCUCGCCGUCAUCGAGGACGACCAUCUGCCCUUCAUGAGAAGAGAUGUCGACGUCCUCCACAUCAUUCCAAAUCCGUUUCCAAAAGUGUGGCACACGCCGAAAGAUGACAUAACAGCUUUAGAUUUUAACACCAUAGACAAUCUCAACAAGAUCUUCCGUGUCUUUGUGGCGGAAUAUCUGCAUUUGACCCCCUAGCGGCGGUGGCGACUCGAAAUGAUAGCUGUCAUAUAACGCGACGGACUAUUCAGGUUCUCUGUUUGGACUAUUCAGAAUAUUAAAAUGUUGGAUAUGCAAGUGUAGUCGCUAUACUCAAUAUUUAAUGUGAUAUGUGCGUUAUUAUAGUAUACUUAAAAUUAUUAUAGUAUCUACUUAAAAUAUAAAUAUUGUGUCGCUUUCCAGAACAGAACUAUAAUGUAUAAAAAUACUAUAAGUAUUUAGAAAAGAAGCUUUGCACAGUUAACCCAGAAUAUUAAAAACAAUCAGUAGAUACUAAAUUAUUUUUACAUUUCUGAUUAUAUCAUUGUUAUAAAUAUUGUUUAAUAUUUUUUAAAUUUUUGCAGCAAUCAGUAAUUUUUUUUAUACUCUUUAUUAUUGGUUUCAUGAUUUAAUACUCACACAGAGAUUAUGUUUUAUGUCAAAAUAAAAUGAGUUACCUACUUGCAUGUUAAAAUUAUAAAAUGUUUUGAUAUAAGCAUAAAUUUUAUAUUAUUUCAUGACUUGUCAUGAAUUUGUUUUAUUGGUUCUUUUAUACUUACUACUGAUUGAUGGAAUAUGUAGACAGCCUAUUCUUAGAAUAGUUUCGCAGUAUUGCAGAUAAUUGUGUUCCUAAGAGUAACUGUGGUUGUUAUUAAUUUCCUGUAUUUACGAGUACAAUCCUCAUUUUUAUAUUUUUCUUUUAUUAUGUACCUUAUUAUUGUAGGAUUUUAAAUAAAAUGUACUUAUCGGAUUUAUGUAGAUAUUUUUAAGUAUAUAAGUUAACAUAGGUAUGUGUGAUGUGCCUAAUCAUAUAAUUUAAUUUGGACUAUUGAGUAUAUUAUAUUAUACAAAUAUAUAUUCAAUAGUCCAAACAUGACCUAAUGAAUUUUACAGGAAUUGAACAAGUCACACGAUCACAAAAUCGUUGAUAGUUUAUUGUAUAGAAUUAAUUUUAUUGUUUAAUUAAAGUUUUAUUUUAUAAUCUACAAAAUGUUCGUGUCUUGCCUAAUUUGUAAAAAAAAAAUAUAUAUUUUAAUCAUUGGCAUAAUUGUUUAAUAGAUUGGAAACAUUCCUAAUUAUAUUUAUUUUUAAAUAAAAUACUUGUUAAUAUUUGUAAUUGAUUGGUAUACAGUUAAUUUUGUAUAUAAAAUCGGUAAACUUAUUAAACAUUCCUGGAUUCUGAUGCUUUACCAUAGCAGCAAAUUGAUAGAAAUACAUAUUAUAUAAAUGUU